UCAGAGAUCCAGCAGGUGCUGCACCAUGAGUGUCUCUGUGCUGAGCCCCAGCAGACUCCUGGGUGGUGUCUCCGGGAUCCUCCAAGCGGCCUCCCUGCUCAUUCUGCUUCUGCUGCUGAUCAAGGCCGCUCAGCUAUACCUGCACAGGCAGUGGCUGCUCAAAGCCCUCCAGCAGUUCCCGUGCCCUCCCUCCCACUGGCUCUUCGGGCACAUCCAGGAGUUCCAAGAGGACCAGGAGCUACAACAGACUCGGAAAUGGGUGGAGACAUUCCCAAGUGCCUGUCCUCGUUGGCUAUGGGGAGGCAAAGUUCGUGUCCAGCUCUAUGACCCUGACUAUAUGAAGGUGAUUCUGGGGAGAUCAGACCCGAAAUCCCAUGGUUCCUACAGAUUCCUGGCUCCAUGGAUUGGGUACGGCUUGCUCCUGUUGAAUGGGCAGACAUGGUUCCAGCAUCGACGGAUGCUGACCCCAGCCUUCCACUAUGACAUCCUGAAGCCCUACGUGGGGCUCAUGGCAGACUCUGUACGAGUGAUGCUGGACAAAUGGGAAAAGCUCCUUGGCCAGGAGGAUUCCCCUCUGGAGGUCUUUCAGCACAUCUCCUUGAUGACCCUGGACACCAUCAUGAAGUGUGCCUUCAGCCAUCAGGGCAGCAUCCAGGUGGACAGGAAUUCUCAGUCCUACAUCCAGGCCAUUAGGGACCUGAACGACCUGCUUUUUUCCCGUGUGAGGAAUGCCUUUUACCAGAAUGACACCAUCUACAGCCUGACCUCAGCUGGCCGCUGGACACACCGCGCCUGCCAGCUGGCCCAUCAGUACACAGACCAAGUGAUCCAACUGAGGAAGGCUCAACUACAGAAGGAGGGGGAGCUGGAAAAGAUCAAGAGGAAGAGGCACUUGGAUUUUCUGGACAUCCUCCUGUUGGCCAAAAUGGAGAAUGGGAGCAUCUUGUCAGACAAGGACCUCCGUGCUGAGGUGGACACGUUCAUGUUCGAGGGCCACGACACCACAGCCAGUGGGAUCUCCUGGAUCUUCUAUGCUCUGGCCACACACCCCAAGCAUCAGGAGAGGUGCCGGGAGGAGAUCCACGGCCUCCUGGGUGAUGGAGCCUCCAUCACCUGGAACCACCUAGACCAGAUGCCCUACACCACCAUGUGCAUUAAGGAGGCACUGAGGCUCUACCCACCGGUGCCAGGCAUUGGCAGAGAGCUCAGCACUCCUGUCACCUUCCCUGAUGGGCGCUCCUUGCCCAAAGGUAUCAUGGUCGUGCUCUCCAUUUAUGGCCUUCACUACAACCCAAAAGUGUGGCCCAACCCAGAGGUGUUUGACCCUUUCCGUUUUGCACCGGGUUCCGCUCAACACAGCCACGCCUUCCUGCCGUUCUCAGGAGGAUCAAGGUGAGACGUCCUGUGUGGUAAUUAGAAUAGAGAAAUAAGGGAAGUCUCUGGUCAGCCCUCUGAUCUUUAUGAGCCCGAUGUUCAUAUGCGCAUCCUCAGAUGUGCCCUUAAAUAUUGGCAUUUGUGGGAAAGUCAGGCACCUGGUGUGGGCGUCUCUGUGUACAAAAGGAAGGUGGCAUUCCAGAGCACCCCAUGGAGACUUUGCUCCCUCUGCUUCUUCAAAUGGGCAGCCUGAAUUCACUGUCAGUGCAUGUUCCAAACUUCAGUAUAUUCAUGUAUUUUCCUCACUUUAGGGAUAUGAAUUCUCAAAAUUAGAUAUUCUCCAGUAAAUUCAACUUCAGCUCUUUGCUUUUCUCAGUCAUCAGGAAUAGUAAACUGUAGAUUUCUCUCUCCCCGCACAUCCUCAAUGCAGCACACUACCUUCCCUAUUUAAUUCACCAGUCUGCCAUAGAGAUGAAUCAUCGAAAUCUUUGCAUCUGUUUAUAAUACAGAUGACCCGAAAGUCCUACCUUUCAAGCCAUAUAAGGGAGAGGUUAAGGUAGCCCUUUGAAGAAAGUUUUACAACAGUGUGUGUCAUAUCAUACAUUUUUCUGUCUUGCCCAAUGACAUUUUUACUGCAUUAUAUAGUGUUCACAUAUUUACGUCUGUUUCCCCAUUUGGCAAAUUCUGUACAUGCCUUAGGAACUUUAUACCACAGUCCUAUAAUCCACUUAGCACAAUAUUGGCCAAAAACAUAAAAAUGUGAACAGCACACUGUCUUGGAGAGAAAAGCCCAAUAAUUAUCAUAUAACGCACAACAUUUGAAGGCUCCUGGUAUGUAAAAUAUAAAACACACUUGAAAUUGCUUUUGAGCUGGAGAGGAAAAUUCCAGAAUGGCUGCGGUGGAAAUCAUCGUGGCAUCAGGAAUCGUCCUGUGACAUACACACAGGCAAAAACCAUACAAAUUCUUAGUAGAAACAAAGUUUGUUCAAAGAAAUAAUUAUGUGACUUUUUCAAAUGGUGAGUCCACUUACAUAGAACAGGAAAGCUUCCUCCUAAAACUCCUUCUCCAGCACUGGUCUGUCUGUCCCAGCAUGAGGAAGUCCUCCGAAACAUUGCCUGCAAAUCAUGUCGCUGCCACUAGAGAACAGGAGAGCAUUCCUAAGCUCCAUUUCUAGCUCAGAACUAAUAUUUACUCUCAGUGUAUUUCAUUCUAUUUUAUUCAUUUUAAAACUUAAAUAACAUCAUUCACAUAUAAAAGUAUUUCUUAAGCCUACCUCUGUGGGUCAAGUCCUGUGCAGUGUGAUGAGAAAACAGAGGUAAAAGGUAGAAAAAUGUGUAGUACA